AUUCGUUCGUUCGUUUUAUUCGAAGUUCUCCCGACCUUCAACCGAGGGGGGAAGGAAGUUCAGGGGUUUAGAAAAGGUUGGAGGGUUGGGAAUGAAUAUAAAAACACGGAAUCGGAUGAGUACCUAGCCUACUGCUGCUAAGGUUGAUACCUACCUAGUAGCUUUAAACUUAUUUGUGGCAUUCCUUCUUUCUUCCCCAAAGUUCAGGUAUCGGUCAGAAUCGAAGGGAACGCUUUGAUAUAUAAUAAAACAAAAUGUCGACGACGCAGACCUCGUUCGUCGAAGCCACCGAGGCUUCGGCGGCUUCCUCGGGGUAUCCGAUGACGGAGCUCCGGCGUGCUCCGGCCGCCAAAGACGCGGAAGCUUCGACACCCGUGAGGGCAGAAGGAGGAGAUUCGCCGGCCGAGGAGGCGGGCGUCGUUAGGAGCGAGCCCGAGACGCCAUUCGCCAAGCUGAUCGUCGCCGGGUACUCGUUCUUCUGCGCGGGCGUGAACGACGGCACGCUCGGCCCCCUGAUCCCGUAUAUUAUUUCUAGCUUCCGCGUCGGGACGGGCGAGAUCGCUAUCAUUUACGGCACGACCUUCGCGGGAUGGCUCCUCGCGGCCGUCACGAACCCCGUCAUGACGGCGCACAUGACGCUCGGGCAGCUGCUCGCCGUCGGCGCGGCGCUGCAACUGCUGGCGCACUGCCUGCGGCCGUGGAGCCCGCUGCCCCUUUUCUGCAUCGCCUUCUUCCUCCAGGCGCUCGGCAUGGCCUACCAGGACUCGCACUCGAACACCUUCGUCAGCGGGCUCAGGAACGUGCCACAUCGCUGGCUUAGCUUUAUUCACGCAUGCUACGCCCUGGGCUGCCUCAUCGGCCCGCUGAUCGCGACCGCCAUCGCCACGAGCCCCAACGCGAUGGCCAUCGACGGGUGGAAGCGCGUGUACCUCGUCCUGAUCGGGAUCUGCGUGGUGAACGUGGGCGGGGUGGCCGUCGCGUUCCGGGACUCGCUCUGGAGCCGACUCAACGCCAACGCCAACGCUACCGGCACCGCGCAACCGCGCAACCGAGCGGCCAUGCUCGACACGGCGCGCCUCCUGCGGUCCCGCGCGCUCUGGCUGCUCAGCCUGUUCUACUUCUUCGCGCUGGGGGCGAGCGGCACGGCGAGCGGGUGGGUGGUGGAGUUCCUGACGACGGUGCGGGGCGGGGACCUGCGCAGCGCCGGGUACGUGCCGACGGGGUUCUACGGCGGCGUGCUCGCGGGCCGGCUGCUGCUGGCCGAGCCGACGUUCCGGUGCGGCGAGCGGCGCGCGCUGCUCGCCUACGCCGCGCUGUGCGCCGCCCUCCAGCUCGUCUUCUGGCUGCUGCCGAACGUCGUCGGCAGCGCCGUCGCGCUCGGCUUCAUCGGCUUUUUCACCGGGCCGUUUUUCGCUACGGGCAUGUCAGUUGCUUCGAAACUCUUCCCCCGGGAGGCCCAAACCGCUGCUCUAGGCUUCAUCUUCGUCCUCGCGCAAGCAGGAGGUGCUCUGUUCCCCUCCAUCACGGGAUUAAUAGCGACGAACGCCGGCGUCGCCGUGCUGCAGCCCUUCGUGCUGGCGCUCUUCGUCGCCGCGGGGAUCAGCUGGUGGCUUGUUCCGAAAGUACCGCAGCGCAGCGAAUGAGAGUCGUGUUGUUAUUGAUGUGCUUCUUCCCGCAAGCGGCGAUAGGAGAUGGAUAGCGCGGCGAGGAGCGUGGACGGAUAGAUGUGUAGGUAGGGUCAGGAUUAUAGCAAGGAAUGAUUGAUUUGGAGUUGUGUAUAGUACCUAGGUAGUAAAGGUAUUUAAGAUAUAUAUAUAUAUAUAUAAAUAGAUUACCUUAGGUACCUAACCUAUAUAUAA